AUGGAUCUCUCGUCCAUGAUGAACCAGAUGCGGGCGGGCGGCCCCGGCAGCCUGCCCACGGGCGAUGUGCCGCAGCAGGACAAUGCGGAGACCGUGUACAUUAGCAGUCUGGCGCUGCUGAAGAUGCUGAAGCAUGGCCGCGCGGGUGUGCCGAUGGAGGUCAUGGGGCUGCUGCUGGGCACGGUCGUGGACGACUACACCGUCUCGGUCGUGGACGUGUUCGCGAUGCCGCAGUCGGGAACGGGCGUGAGUGUGGAAGCGGUCGACCCCGUGUUCCAGACAAAGAUGCUCGACAUGCUGAAGCAGACGGGGCGCUCCGAAGUCGUCGUCGGCUGGUACCACUCGCACCCCGGGUUUGGCUGCUGGCUGUCGAGCGUGGACAUCAACACGCAGCAGUCGUUUGAGCAGCUGAACCCCCGCGCGGUGGCGAUUGUCGUGGACCCGAUCGAGUCGGUGAAGGGCAAGGUGGUCAUUGACGCCUUCCGCCUGAUCAACCCGUCGACGGUGAUGCUCGGCCAGGAGCCGCGUCAGACGACGUCGAACAUUGGGCACCUCACGAAGCCGUCGAUCCAGUCGCUCAUCCACGGCCUGAACCGGCACUACUACUCGAUCGCGAUCGGGUACCGCAAGACCCAGCUCGAGCAGGCGAUGCUCGGCAACCUGCACAAGCGCACCUGGACCGAGGGCCUGCGGCUCGCCGACUUUGAAGAGCACCAGCACGCGAACCAGGGCGCGGUCAAGCGCAUGCUCUCGCUCGCCGAGGCCUACCAAAAGUCCGUGCAGGAGGAGGCGCCGCUCACGCCCGAGCAGAUCAAGACGCACUACGUCGGCAAGCAGGACCCCAAGCGCCACCUCGAGGACGCCGUCGAGGCGUCGAUGGGCGACCAGAUCGUGCAGAGCCUCGGCACCAUGAUUCUCGCAGAGCUCUAG